AUGUCCUUGGAGAUGUACCAUCUCUUUUCAACAUGCUUUUUGCUUUCGAAAUCCCAAAGGGUUUUGAGGUUUCUCACAAUGGAUUUUCGGAAUUUGUUUAUCCCACUCGUCCUCUGUUUCUCUAUUUUCUCCCCAGAUUUCCACCUCCAAUCAUCAGGCUUACGCGAAAUGCGAGAUUCGGUGAUUAGAUUGCCCAGUGGUGAGUCUGACGGUCAUCCUUUUGAUCCAUCUAGGGUCACCCAAAUUUCGUGGCAUCCAAGGGCGUUCUUAUACAGGAACUUUUUAACAGAUGAAGAGUGCGAUCAUCUCAUUCGACUGGCGAAGGAUAAGCUCGAGAAAUCUAUGGUCGCGGACGUUCAAACUGGUAAGAGCAUAGAAAGUACGAUUCGAACGAGCUCAGGCAUGUUUCUGAAGAAAUCUCAGGAUGAAGUAAUUGCUGGAAUUGAAUCAAGGAUUUCAGUUUGGACAUUCCUUCCUGUAGAAAACGGGGAGGCCAUGCAAAUAUUGCACUAUGAAAAUGGUCAAAAAUACUCGCCACAUUGGGAUUACUUCCAGGAUAAGAUCAAUCAGGAAAGAGGUGGACACAGGAUAGCUACUAUACUAAUGUAUUUAUCGAACGUUAAGAAAGGUGGAGAGACAAUAUUUCCCCACUCAGAGUUAAAAGAAUCUCAACCGAAAGCUGACAUGGACUGGUCUACGUGUGCGAAAACAGGUUAUGCUGUGAAACCCAAGAAGGGAGAUGCUUUAUUAUUUUUUAAUCUUCAUCCUAAUGCAACAACGGACCCUUUGAGCUUGCAUGGUAGCUGCCCUGUGAUAGAGGGGGAGAAAUGGUCGGCAACCAAAUGGAUACAUGUAAGAAGUUUUGAUGUUAAGCCGGUUAUUUCAAGUCAAACGCAAGGCUGCAGGGACGAAAACGUCAAUUGCACUUUCUGGGCUGCCCGAGGGGAAUGUGACAAGAAUCCUAUCUAUAUGGUGGGUUCUGUUGAUACACAUGGACACUGUCGGAAGAGUUGUAAAGUAUGUUAGAAUCCUCAAUAACGUGUCAAUGCG